UUUACGCGUAAUUUAGCACAUUCCUACUUAAGUGUUUGUAUAGUCGGUGGACACAAAUUAUUAUUAUCUCUCAAACGAUAAAUUAAAUCGCGUUUGAGUCAUCGUACGAGGUUAAAUUAAUGCUAAUGCGCGUUUAUUUACAGAAUUACGCUCAAUAACAGUUCAACUCGCGAUUGGAAUGGCCGAUGGAGAUAAGCUGAACGUCGACAGUAUAAUAUCCCGGUUGCUGGAAGUACGUGGAGCACGUCCUGGAAAAUCCGUACAAUUAGCCGAACAUGAAAUCCGCAGCCUGUGUAUUAAAUCCAGAGAGAUGUUCUUAUCACAACCCAUAUUACUCGAACUGGAAGCUCCACUGAAAAUAUGCGGUGAUAUCCACGGCCAGUAUUAUGACCUGCUACGGUUGUUCGAAUACGGUGAAUUCCCUCCAGCUUCGAAUUAUCUGUUCCUCGGAGACUACGUCGAUCGAGGGAAACAAUCUUUGGAAACUAUAUGCUUACUAUUAGCGUAUAAAAUCAAAUUCCCAGAAAACUUUUUCUUAUUACGUGGUAAUCACGAAUGCGCCAGUAUUAAUCGUAUUUAUGGAUUUUACGAUGAGUGUAAAAGACGUUACAAUAUCAAAUUAUGGAAAACAUUCACCGAUUGUUUUAAUUGUCUACCUGUUGCUGCGAUCGUCGAUGAAAAGAUAUUCUGCUGUCAUGGAGGGUUGAGUCCAGAUUUACAAAGUAUGGAAAACAUAAGACGUAUCAUGCGACCCACAGAUGUACCUGAUCAAGGUCUAUUAUGCGAUUUACUGUGGUCCGAUCCGGAUAAAGAAAUUACACGAUGGGGUGAAAACGAUCGAGGAGUGUCGUACACAUUUGGUACGGAAAUCGUGCACAAAUUUCUGCAAAAGAAUGAUUUCGAUUUGAUCUGCCGCGCUCACCAGGUUGUUGAAGACGGUUACGAAUUUUUUUCAAAAAGGCAACUCGUUACUUUAUUUUCGGCUCCGAAUUACUGCGGUGAAUUCGAUAACGCCGGAGCUAUGAUGUCGGUCGAUGAAACGUUAAUGUGUUCUUUCCAAAUCCUAAAACCUGCAGAUAAGAAAAAAUUUGUGUUACCAAUGCGACAACAAAGUUCCGGAGGAUCGGAUACUGACAAAAAAGGACAAAAUAAAAAGAACAAGAAACCACAAUAAGAAAAAUUUCCUUAUAUUAACGAUGCUUUUUACCAUAUUUAACGUAUUAUUAGUCUAGUUCGCUCCCCUACCCUUUCCCCUUUUCCACGUUAGAGAGAAUUUACCACAAUAUGUAUUUUUAUUCGAAGAGUGAAUUGUUUUUUUUCUCUGUUGUUUUAUAUACGAGAUUUAUUAUGUUUUCGGCAACUUCCUUUUCGAUGUUCCUCGUGAUUGUGUACUUCGUCUGUAUCAUGGAAAUUUCAAUCUAGUCAAAAGACGACAACGAAUUUUUUCUUGUAUUUUUCAAAAUAUUGAAACAUAGCGAAUAAUAAGUGUGUGAGGCAAUAUGUUUUUUUUUUUCUCGGCUGUGUAUAUAUGAAGCUUUUUUUACUGUACUGUGUACGUUCAUCUAUCUUCCUAAACGAUAAUCAUAUAAUUAUUAAGCAACCGCUUUAUCGCUUUCUACCAAUUUUGUACGCUUUAGUAAUUAAUCUCUACUGUACAUUGCAUUUUAGCAUGUGUGAUCUAAGCUUUAAUCCAGAUUAUCAAUCAUUAUAACGAACUUCAUUAUAUAAUAUAUAUAAUAUGUAUAAGUGAAUGGCCAAUUUACAGCCGCAGCUUGUGUGUGAAUUUAAUCGCAUAAAACGAUGCAUUUUUUUCCUACUGUUUAGAGUAGUACCUAUCUAACGAAUUUGUUUUGUUUUUUUCUAAAUGAAUUUUUCCGCUCUUUCAAAUCGGGAUGUUGUAAUUCCGAGCUUUUUAUUGACACGUGCAUUUGCAAGCACGUGUUUUUUUUCUCAUGUGUGUGUCUCAUCUGUAUACUGUGUAGUAUGUAAAAUGGGCGAUUGUAAUUUACUUUCUACUUCAUUCCUUGAUUGUGAAUAUUAUCUACGUAUGUGUUAAGAUGUAUUGUAUCGAUACUGAUGAUCGCAAUUUCAUAAAUUAUUUAAACAAAAAAUUGAAAACACCUAUAUUUUUAAGCACUUUUUUUGUAGACAGUUUUAGUCCAAUAUAUGGAGUAAUAUUUAAA